GUUAAUUUAAAAUUGAUCAUUUGAUUUGCUAAGGCUCAUUGCUGCUAAUCAUGAACCCGGUGCAUAUAGUUUUAGUUUGUUUCAUUGUUAUAGUCUCAGCAUCUCCGCUGAUAUCGAAUAGAAAAGAUAAUCAACAUCAUGUGUUAUUAGUAGCUGAACCAAAAUACAAUGCGCUGGAAAAUAAUAGCUCUACAGAAGCGUAUAAAAAUGUGUUGCAUAUUCCCUUUACAGGACCUUAUGUUGGACCUAGAAUGAUUAAACCUAAGCAAUUCGAUUCUAACGAUGUGGUAGAAGGUAGAAAGAAAUCCAAGUUGAAGAAGCUAAAGAAAAUUUUCCUACCCAUUAUAAUAUUCGUGCUCGUCAAGGCUUUGGUGUUUAUACCAAUGGCCCUUUUCAUUUUAUCGUUUAAAGCCUGGAAUGCUAUACAGUUAUCCUUUGUAUCCUUCGUCGCUGCGGCUGCUGUGGCCGUCUGGAAAUUCUGCACCAAAGUAAACCAGGAUGUUUCACCGCCUCUCAUCCACGCAGGUCCUGAUUUAGAUGGAAUCGACCCUCAUUUGCUGGCGUACAAUGGAUAUGUUCCUUAUUAG